AUGGUGGUGAACCAGGAGCAGAAGAGGGAGAAGACGCAUGACAACCAGCAGCAGCGAGCAGCUCCCUUGGGGAUCAGGAUAUUCGAAAGCCUCUUCCCAGGAAGAUGGUAUGGUCAUGCCGUCCUUGCCUCUUGCAUUCCCAUCUUUCUCUCUGCCAACCCGGGGCAGAGCUUCUUUCUCGGGCUCUACACAGAGUAUCUUGUGCAAGAUUUCGGUGUAUCGCGCGAGACUGUCUCUGCCCUGUUCUUCUUCUCCCUGGCGGGAAGCUCUGUCUAUCUACAGCUGAUCGGGCGGGUAGUCGAUAGGAUAGGAACCAGAGCAACGGUCAAGCUCGGGCUGCUUCCCUUCUGCAUGUCGCUGCUGGUUAUGUCGCAGUCCCGGAAUUUCUACCUUACAUGCCUCUCGUACGUUGGGAUGCGCAUGCUGGGCCCGGAGACUGUGGCCUUCUCAGCUAUGGUGACUGUGAACAGAUGGUUCCGCAAGCUGAGAGGGAGGGCAGCAGCAGGGCUCCAGAUAGCGCUGGCGCUACAAUUGCAACUUGCUGCUGUUGUGAAUGUGCUGAUGCAGCAGUAUGGAUGGAGGGAGGUCACGAUGCUGUGCACGCUCGUCGUCCUUCUGCUGGACCUCCCUGCCCUGCUCUUCCUGCAGAAUUCACCGGAAGAAGUCGGGUUGCUCCCCGACGGGCUCAAGCACGAGGGCGACAGUCUCGAAGAGGCAGAGGGAGGGAAGGAGGAGGAGCGCGAGAUUAACUUCACCUUCUGGGAAGCCAUUCGAACCUACCAGUGCUGGUUCAUCAUCGCCGUGGCCUUCACCUUGGGGUCUGGGUGGGGGGGCAUGAACGUUCACUUGCAAGCCUUCUGCGCAGAGCGGGGGAUGCUCCCUUCGAGCACGUCGCUGAUUUACUCUGCGGUCGGACUGUUCGUUCCAGCAGGAGCAGUGAUCACCGGAGGCCUGCUAGACGGUGUGAGCAACAACAACGACAAGCUGCGGAGAUGCUCCGUGAUAAUAGCUAUCUUCAUGUCCAACUCCGCCAUGGCGUUCUCUUUUGGAGUGUUCACGGGGUUGUUUGUGGGAGGCAACCAGGUGAUGGGGAUUACCAUCUUUGCGUCAUUGUAUGGAAGGGCGCAUGUUGGUAGCAUGCAGGCACUCUUGGCUGCUGCAGGCCUCCUGGGGGUAGCGAUUGGGCCUGUCUUCUUCGCAAUAACACAUUCAGUGUGGAAAUCAUUCAACCCGAUAUUGAUUGCAACGGCAAGCACACAACUCUUCUUAUGCGCCAUGUUCUUCUUCAUCGCAGCUCCCAGGAAGGAAGGUGGAGGAUGCGAUGAGGGGAACCCUGGAGACAAUGCUCAUCCUCUAGCGGAGAAGGAUGAGCUCGAUGGGGUGUAG